AUGGACGAGUUGAAGGACUUGCAGAAGCAGGAGCGGCAGUUAAUCCUUUCGAUCAACGGUGUAGGAGCAUUUGUUGAUGCGUACAAGAAGGCUGAGCACGAGAACCAGAUCUCGAUUCGGCUGGACACCUUGGAGGAGGCCAUGCGGAAGUUCUACAAGGUGCGCCGCAAGAUCGAAGCCAUGAUCGACGACGAGGAUGAGGACGAAGUUGUUGGUGAGUCAAAGGAAGCUCGGAAGAAGCGGUUGGCUGAUCUGGUGGUUCAGCGUGAGAUGGAGUACAACAAGGCUCUUCGUGACGUCGAGGAGAGGUACUUCGUGGUUAAGGCGAAGCUGGUCGCGCUGCGCCCGGUCAAGGUUGAGCCCACUCCAGCCGCUGACCUCAACGAAUCCUGCUUCGAUCGGUCGACCUCUCGCAUUAAGUUGCCGGACAUCAAGCUGCCCAACUUCAGCGGCGCGCUGAAGGACUGGAUCCCGUUUCGCGACACCUACAAGAGCCUCAUCCACUCCAACCUGCAGCUGCCGGACAUCGACAAGUACACCUACUUGAGGUCCGCUCUGCAAGGUGAGGCGCAGCUAGAGAUCCUGUCGGUUGAUUUCUCCGCAGAAGGCUACGACGUUGCUUGGAAAGCACUGGAGAAAAAGUACGACAACCACAAGCUCAUCGUCAAGGCGUACCUGGACGCGAUCUUCGACAUCGAGCCACUGCGAAAGGAGAGUUUCGGCGGUCUGUCUCACCUGAUCAGCGAGUUCGAGACGAACCUCCAGAUGCUGAAGAAGCUCGGUGAAGGAACGGAAGCCUGGUCAACAAUCCUGGUCCACAUGCUCUGCGCGCGUUUGGAUCAUGCCACGCUGCGACUGUGGGAAUCGCACCACAACUCGAAAGCUGUGCCGAAGUACGAGGUUCUGAUCGAGUUUCUGCGUGACCAGUGUACGGUGCUGCAGUCGAUCAAGGCCAACCGGCCCAACGAAGGAGACGGACGGCAGAACCGAUCGAGAAUCUCAACCGCUCACACGUCCUCGCAGUCACAACGGCGCUGCCUGUUCUGUGGAGAGACGUUUCACAUGCCGUUCAAUUGUAGCAAGCUGAGAAACAUGUCUGUGUCUCAACGAGUGGAGGAAGUAAAUCGUCGUCGGCUGUGCAGGAAUUGUUUGAAUGCUGGUCAUUACGCCGAUGGAUGUUCUCGUGGUUCGUGUUCCCGCUGCGGCGCUAGACAUCACACGUUGCUGCAUUAUGACACGCCGGCACCUGCUGGCGCUCGUCAAGGAAGAUCCUCCGUUCAGAAUACGCAAAAUCGACCCCCAGCAGCUGGACAACAACAACACACGAGACAGCAAGGCCAGACACAGAACAGUUCCACCCAACCAACCACAAGUUCCUACCCCGUGCACCAAUCCACUUCUCGAAACACUCACCCACCACCACCCACAGACUCUCGCAAUUCCACCACCCUCAAUGCGGCAUCCCUCCCCGCACAAAAUGCACCCACACUGUCCCGCCAAGUCCUCAUGUCCACGGCUGUAGUUCGUGUUGAAGACCAGUUCGGAAACUAUUCGCUCGCUCGGACACUUCUGGAUUCGUGUUCCGAGUUCUGCUACAUGACUAGCACCUUUUCGAAGAAGCUGAAGUUCCGGACAACACCCGAUGUACUGAGAGUACAGGGCAUCGGAAACGGCUCGGCGACGUCGCUGAAGGCCGUACGUGCGAAGAUCCAGCCGCGGUUGGAUACGAUCUCGUCGUUCUCGGAGGAAAUGCGGUUCCACUUGCUGCAGAAGAUUUCCAGUGAUCUACCCGCCACACCGGUCGACGUCAGCCAGUUGAUGCUCCCCAGUGACAUCAUCCUCGCUGAUCCGCACUUCGGAGAACCUGGUCCCAUUGAUAUGAUCAUCGGUGCUGAGUUUUUCCUCGAUCUGCUGUCUGCUGGUCGGCGUAAGAUCGUCGAGGACGGUCCGACGCUGCAAGAGACUGUGCUUGGGUGGAUAAUCUCUGGAAAGGUUCCCGCAUCGUCGCCCAGUAUCCCACGCACGGCAACCUACGUCAGCUCAACAGUUGACCUGAAGGAGUUGAUGGAGAGGUUCUGGGAACUGGAGUCGUGUCACGUCAACAGCACCCACUCGGUGGAAGAGUCCACCUGCGAAGAGCUGUUCAACAAGACGACGAUUCGAGACGCAGAAGGAAGAUUCGUGGUGACCUUGCCGAAGAAGCAACGAGUCAUCGAGAAGCUGGGCGAGUCCAGAAACAUGGCGAUGAAGCGGUUCAUCGGCAUGGAGAAGCGGUUCACGACGAAUCCCGCACUGAAGUUCAUGUACACGGAGUUUGUGCAUGAAUACCUGCUCAUGAAGCACAUGCGAGAAGUGAAGGAGGACAGCGGAGAAGGCCCCGUCUACUACCUGCCGCACCAUGCGGUUCUGAAACCCGACAGCACGACCACUAAACUGCGCGUGGUCUUCGACGGAUCCUGCGGCACCUCCAGUGGUGUGUCCCUCAACGACGCGUUGAUGGUAGGACCGGUCGUGCAAAGCGAUCUCCUCUCGACCGUGCUACGGUUCCGCUUGCAUCGAGUCGCGUUGAUCGCUGAUGUGGAGAAGAUGUACAGGCAAAUUCGCGUGACGCUGUCCGACCAACGCUUGCAACGCAUCUACUGGAGAGACAACGAAGACGACCCCGUCAAGACGUACGAGCUUUCGACCGUCACCUACGGAACGUCCAGCGCUCCGUAUCUCGCUACCAGGUGCUUGAAGAAGCUUGGAGAGGAUUGCGCGGAAAGCCAUCCAGUGGCGUCUCGCGUCAUCCAAGAAGACUUUUACGUCGAUGACAUGCUGUCUGGCGCAGACAGCAUCGAAGAAGCAAGUGCGCUGAUGAAGGAAGUCCGGCAGGUCACCGAUUCAGCUGGGUUCACGCUGAGGAAGUGGAACUCGAACUGCCCAGAGCUGCUCAAGCAGCUCCCGAAGCACCUGAAGGACGAGCGCAGCACGCUCGAGAUCGAUCCUGCGAAAACAACGGUGAAGACGCUGGGAUUACGAUGGGAGGUGUCAACCGACAUGUUCUGCUUCGUUCUCCCACAAUGGAAGUCGGAACUGUCCCCCAUCACGAAGCGCACGGUCCACUCGGACUCUGCUAUGCUGUUCGAUCCCGAUGGUUUCUUGGCUCCGGUGGUCGUUCAAGCAAAAAUAAUCUGCCAACAGCUGUGGAGGAUAAAGAGCGACUGGGAUGUACCACUCGACGAAUCGCUGCAGCAGCUGUGGAGAGACUAUCGUAUGAGUUUGAUGGCGGUCGCAACGAUUAAGGUGCCGCGCUGGAUUGGGUUCAGCACCGAUUGCGUCGAGAUCCAGAUCCACGGUUUCUGUGACGCUUCAGAGCGAGCUUACGGUGCCGGCCUCUACCUACGCUGCACUGCGCUUGACGGUUCCGUCACGUGUCGACUGUUCUUGGCCAAGUCCAAGGUAGCUCCGAUGGAGAACCUGAAGCGCAAGAAGAAAAAGGUCAACAUUCCACGCUUGGAGUUGUCGUCUGGUUUGUUGUUGUCCCACAUGUACGAGAAGGUGCAGUCGAUUCUACCAGCUGCACAGUUGUUCUGCUGGACGGACUCGAUGAUCACGCUUGGAUGGCUUGCGUCACCCCCGUCACGUUGGAAGCCGUUCGUUGGAAAUCGGGUCUCGGAGAUUCAGCACAUUACGAGGAACGCAAUCUGGGGACACGUGCCUGGAGAAGAGAAUCCCGCAGAUAUCAUCUCGCGAGGAAUGUCGCCGGCGCUACUACAGUACCGAACCGACUUCUACGAAGCGCCGCGCUGGGUCGUUCAAGAUCGGGAGAAUUGGCCGAGAACACAACGUGUGUCCUUGGCGGACUUCGACCCAGAAAUACUGGAAGAACGUGUCACCCCAGCAUUUCCCACUCAAGUGCGACCUCCGCACUGGUUGUUUGGACUGUGUGGCUCGUACAUGGAGUUGGUACGCUUGGUGACUUGGCUGCAAAGGUCCAAGUUCAACCUUUCACCGAAGAACCGAGCUGUUAGAAGAGUUGGAUUCCUGACAUCCGAAGAAUUAGAAGAAGCUGUGCUGUUUUUGGUUCGACUGUCGCAAGAAGAAUGUUUCCCUGGAGAAAUGCAUUGCCUGAAGGCCGAUGGUGUGGUCCACCCAACGUCGAAGAUUGCACGCCUCAACCCACAACUGGUGGAUGGCGUCAUGCGAGUCGGUGGUCGUCUCUCGAACGCGAAGAUCUCGACCAACCGGAAGCACCCCUUCAUUCUGGACCAUCACCAUCCGUUCACUCGACUGGUAGUGAUGUACUUCCACGAAAGACUGUUUCACGCAGGGCAACAGCUGCUCAUCGCGAGCGUCCGCUCGAAGUUCUGGCCUGUCAACGUCCACAGCCUAGCGAGACAGGUCAUCCACGAAUGCAUCAGUUGCUUCAAAAGUAAGCCGAAGGUGAUCGAGCAGAUCAUGGCGGAUCUGCCUGCUGAACGAGUGAAUCCAGCGCCGCCGUUCCUCCACGUGGGCGUGGACUACUGUGGCCCAUUCCUCGUCAGCUACCCGAAUCGCAGGGCGAAACCUGUAAAGUGCUACGUGGCCGUAUUUGUGUGUCUCGCUGUGAAGGCUGUCCAUCUGGAACUAGUCUCCGACCUGACGUCCCAGGCAUUCAUCGCAGCGUUGAGAAGGUUCGUGGCACGCCGCGGCAAACCGCUGCAGAUCAAGUGCGACAACGCCACCACGUUCGUCGGAGCGAAGAACGACCUGAUGGAGCUGCACCGGCUGUUCUACAAGCAGCAGUUCCAGGAUGUCGUCACGAAGACCGCGCUGGAAGAUGGGAUCGAGUUUAGUUUCAUUCCACCACGCUCACCGAACUUUGGCGGCCUGUGGGAGUCGCAGGUCAAGUCGUUUAAAACUCACCUGAAGAAGACAUUCGGACUGCAAGUACUGAAGAUGGACGAGAUGCUAACUGCCCUAGCGCAGAUCGAAGCUGUGCUCAACUCGAGACCGUUGACGCCGAUCAGUAACGACCCGCAGGACUUUGAAGCGCUAACGCCCGGACAUUUCCUGAUCCAGCGUCCCCUCACGGCCAUCGCAGAGCCAGAUUUGGAAGGAGUGCCACAAAACCGCUUGGCAAUGUGGCAAAACGCGCAGCGUUUUACGCAGCAACUUUGGAAGAAGUGGAGUACGCAGUACCUGUCCAACCUCCAAAGUCGGACGAAGUGGACGAAGGAGCGAAACAACGUCGCCGUUGGUACGAUGGUGCUGAUCAAGGACGAAAACGCGCCUCCCCAGAAGUGGAAACUUGGUCGAGUACUGCACGUGUUUCGCGGAACGGACGGCAACGUGCGCGUUGUGACCGUUCGCACGGCAACCGGACGCUUCGAUCGAGCGAUCUCGAAGCAAAUCCAUCCACGCUACCACGUCUCACUGGAGGACCCAUGGAUCCUGCCAGUCGGUCUCGGCUGCUCGUUCGGCAUUGAGCUUGGCCAGCUCACGCGCCGAUCGACCUUCCCGACGACCACGAAGUACGAAGUCGAAGACAUUCCAAAAUUCACCUGGUGGGGUAAGUUGUUCCAGUUUUCGCACGCUACAUACACCUACUACAUCCAAGUUCUGUCCGAGGCACACCACCAACUACAUCGACGUCCGAAAGUCCACCCGCACAAAACGCAUCCUCGUCCGCAACAACAGCACAGCGACGACCAGAACACCGCCGAACAACACACCACCAGCAAAUCUCCACCAGAAUACUACAGAAAAUCUCUCCCCGAGGAAACCUGCAACGGAAACAGCAUCAACAAGAUGGCACAACGCACGAAGAAGAAGAAGGCAUCAACCGAUGCACCUGCACCCCAACCGUGUGCACUCUGUGGUCGACAGCUUGUCCCACCCGAAGCAGAGCGUGGUCCGCUGGAGCAUGCGACCACCCACACCGAAGAUUCGCAGCACAAGGUUGCACCAGAAGGUCAGCACACGGCCAGCGAGCUGGCGAAUGCUGACGACGCGAAGCAGAGGCUGCAACGGCAGCAAAAACACCACCACGACCGCUACUCGGCGGCGACCCCCACGAGAAGGCUGCAGCGGCAGCACCGAAGCAGCAGGUGA